AUGGCUCCGACCAACCGCCCCGAGCAUCACAUCAACCUCAACUACAUCCCGCAGCUGCCCCAACCCCCGCACUCGGCCUCAUCCACCGGCAACACGUCGCCCGUCGAGCCCCCCAACAGUGGUUCCCUCCGCUAUGCCCCCAGUGCCUCGAACCCCCUUGGUGCGGCUGCUGCCGGCGCCAGGCUGGGAGCUGGAUCCCCGUCGCAUGAAUAUGGCAGCAGACUCUUUUCCAAACGUGCACGCGAGAUUCAGGCACAGGAGGGUCUGACUCCUCAAAUGUGGGGUCCUCCUACGAGCGGCAACUCGACUCCAUUGCGUGAGACCAUUCCCGAGUCUCCCAACAGCGAGAACCUCAACUUCCCCGACUUCAACAACGCCAUGCCAGAGGUCGCUCAAGCUGCGCCCUCGGGCCGCCGUGCCCGCGCCGGCACUCUCCCUUCACGCUUCUCCCCCUCCGCUGCCCCUCCCGGCCUCAUGUCCGGUGCAUCGCUCCUCCCCAAGAGCUCGCGACCAACACCCUCCACCAGCCCCUUCAAGCCGGGCCCCGGAACACCAACCGACACUUCCAGCUUCAAUGCCCUCGGUUCUACAAACGCUGCUGCAAAGUCCGCGCUGCUCUCGCGCCUGCGUGCUGGCUCUAUGCCCCAGCGACCGGGUUAUCUCCCACCAUCCAACUCGGCCUUUGGCAAUCCAAUCUUCUCCAAUGGUUGGUCAAGCAACCGUGACCGCAGCAGCACCCUUCAGAGCAUUGCUUCAAUGCCAUCAAACGGAGCUGGUUCGCCCAGGUCUUCCUUCUCCCGGGACUCUCUUGCUGACACUGACGUCAAGACACUCGACUACCUUGGUCUAGUCGAUACUCCUCAGCCUGCACGAGCUACCUUGGCUCCCUCAGACAUUGAGCUUUUGCUUGAGAGCCAGAGGAACGCCAACAACCAGAACUCGAGCAGCGGCAACCGCUUCCGUUCAUACUCUGUCAACGCCAAAGAAAAGUACGCCGAAGACGAGGAAGAUCAAUAUGGUGGAUACAGUGGCGCCAUCACGCCUGCUGAAGCGAAUGCUCUUCUCAUCCAUGAAGCUGUCCGCCAGCACAACCUUGAAGUGCAGGCCUUUGCCAACCUUGCAUCCAACGCACGCCCUCGUGCGCGUACUGCCGGUGUGCUAGACGCCCCUUCGCGAGGCAUGAUGCGCAAUUACUUGCCGGCCAUGGGUCGCUUUGACAAUGGCAUGGGAGCCGGUGAUCUGACUGAAGAUGCCGAAUACAGCUUGACUGAAGCAGUCAAGAAGCUGCAUUUGCCUGGCAACAACUUGGGUGAUGAUGGAACUUUGGAGGGACCCACUCGAUCCCUGUGGCUUGGCAAUAUUCCCUCUUCGACCACGGUUUCGUCGCUCCAAGUCAUAUUCGCCCAGUACGGUGCUAUUGAGUCCACGCGAGUGCUCACGCACAAGAACUGCGGUUUCGUCAACUACGAGAACCUUGAGAGCGCUGUCCAGGCAAAGUCGACUUUGAAUGGAAAGGAAAUCUUCCCAGGCGCUGGUCCCGUACGUAUUGGUUACGCCAAAAUCCCAAGUGCAGCAGCCACGCCUGGCCACAAUGGUGUCUUCCCUUCACCGAGCCCGGACCCACUUUCCAAGACUCAGGCUGAAGGCUCUGCUGGAACUGCUACCGCCACCAAGCUGAACAGUGCCCCUGCCAACGUACCUCUGACCACUCCCGAACUCAGCGACAUUCGCGACGACAUCAUCCAGAUCGUAAAAGAGCUGGGUGCUACUGAUGACGAGCAAUCGCGCAUCACGACCAAGGUUGAGAGAGCGGUCCAGUUCAACAACUACGUCGACGAGAUCCCCUCAGUCGAGGAACCAAGCCACACCCGUAUCCACGAUGCUCCUAGACUGCGAGAGAUCCGCAAGCGCAUCGACAACGGGUCUUGCUCCAAGGAAGACAUCGAGGGCAUCGCCACGGCCAUGAUCCCCGAAAUUGCCGAGCUUUCUUCUGACUACCUUGGUAACACUGUUGUGCAGAAGCUUUUCGAGUUCUGUGAGGAGCCUACCAAGGAGGCAAUGCUUCGUGAGAUUGCUCCUCAUCUUGCCAAGAUUGGUGUGCACAAGAACGGAACUUGGGCCGCUCAGAAGAUCAUUGAUGUCUCCAAGUCGGAGACUAUGCAGAAGAUGGUUGUAGAUGCUGUCCAGCCCUACGCCAUGGCUCUCUUCCUCGACCAGUUUGGCAACUACGUCAUGCAAGGUUGCCUCAAGUACCAGCAGUUCAACAGCUUCAUCUUUGAAGUCAUGCUGGGCCGACUCUGGGAUCUCGCUCAGGGCCGUUUCGGUGCUCGUGCCAUGCGAGCUUGCUUGGAGAGCCACUAUGCUACCAAGGACCAGCAGCGCAUGGUGGCUGCUGUCAUUGCCCUUCACAGCGUGCAGCUUGCAACCAACGCCAAUGGUGCCUUGCUCUUGACCUGGUUCCUUGACACCUGCACGUUCCCGAGGAGGCGCACUGUGCUGGCCCCUCGCCUAGUUCCCCACAUUGUCCACCUCUGCACCCACAAGGUCGCCUACCUCACCGUUCUCAAGAUCAUCAACCAGCGAAACGAACCAGAAGCUCGCGACACCAUCCUGCAAGCACUUUUCUUCUCGCCAAACGACCAAGUGCUGGAAAGCAUCUUGGCCGAUCAGAACUGCGGUGCCACCCUCAUUUUCAAGGUGCUCACCACACCUUUCUUCGAUGAACAGAUUCGUGCAGAUGUCGUGCAGAACGUACGCAAUGUUCUGUUGCGCAUCAAGGCACAGCCUCAACAAGGCUACAAGCGCCUUAUGGACGAGGUAGGCCUCUCUACCCGUGGAGGGCCCGGUGCUCGUGAGCACUCCGCAACCCGCCCAGCAUCAAAGGACAGCACCGCGUCUGGACAACCCAACCCCGGGAACUUUUACCAGGGUCCUGUUCCUAGCUAUGACCCUGUCGCCCUCCAACGCACGACUAGCAUGGACUCCAACGGUUUCGAUCAAUACCCGAUGGGCGGUGGGCCAAUGUUCAUGCCAAACAUGGCUGCCAUGAACAACCAGCAGCAGAUGCAAUAUCAGCAACUGUUGGCCCGACAAGGCCAGUUCUAUCCUCCGAUGAACGGCUUCCAGCCUCCAGUUCCCGGCAUGGACGCUUAUCGCACCGCUUCGCCAGUUGCAGGUCCUGGUAGCUACAACGGCUCACCAAUGAUGCAACCAGCCAACCUCGCUGGCCAAGGCAUGCCCGGCAUGUACCCGCCCUAUGGCAUGUACAUGCCACCCCAACACCAACAGGCUGCUGGGGGCAACCAGCGCCGUGGCAGGAGAUAA